CCAGCUUAUAUGCAUAUUUUUCGUAGGCCUUUAAUCUUUAUUAUCUUGUUCCACUUUUAAAGUAAUCCAUUACAGAUCGAAUUCGUUCUCUGUCUCAGCGCUGUUAAAGACAGAAUUAGUGUCCAGGGCGAAGAGCGCUCUAUCUGGUACAGCUUCGGUCGAUCUGAAGCUGCCAUGCACCACUUCCGGAGGCAACAACACUAUCGCCAAAGCACAAGACUCUCAAAUUCAUGUUCCAACACCCGUAAAACCUGCUUCACUACCGCAAACAUUGAUGACGACGAAUCUUCAUCAACUUCCAAUGAAUAACUUCCAGUUUCCUCAUACAUCGGGUGCUUCUUUUUUAGGAAUUAAUUCUGAUCAUUGUUUCAUAAUGCAGCCGUUUUUUACGAUGGGAAUGCCUGUGAAUGACGGUUCGAGCCCGCGUGACAUCUGUGUAGUGUGCCAUGACAAUGCAAGCGGUUACCAUUACGGUGUGAUGAGCUGUGAAGGAUGCAAGGGUUUCUUUCGCAGAACUGUACAGAAAAACAUGGACUACACUUGUCACAAGGAGAAGGUCUGCCCAGUAGAUCGAGUUAGUCGAAACCGAUGUCAGGCAUGCCGUUUCCAGAAAUGUCUUGAAAAAGGAAUGUCAAAGGUUGGUCGUAGUGCUGAAACACAUUUAGAAGUAAGUGUUCAUCUCUACAAUAGUCUUCUUCGUGCUGCAUUCACUCCAGGCUUCGAAUGUCCAACUCUUGACAAUCCUACUCUAUUAGAGAGACUUCGCAGUGGUUUAGCUGAUAUGGAUCCAGAGGAGCUUGCACUCCUUUCAGCUAUCCAUAUAGCUCAACCAGAUGGUCUUCAAGGAAACGACAGUGUUACCCUGAAACUCACUGAGUGUCUACAAGCUCAGGUUCGAGUUAAGAACCAGGAGAAGGAGAAUUCAAGCAAAUUUACUAGAAUGUUAUUUAAGCUGCCGUUACUCAACAGUUGA